GGUUGGUCAUCUUUGGUAAGAGCACACCUGUGCUUCAUUUCCUGGUUUGAAUGAAACGUGUCCAGAGCUCAGUGUUCAGGUGAGAGCUGAAACACCGCAGGGGCAGAAGCGAAGACAAAGAGGCAAGCAAGAUGCCUGAGCUUCAGGACACUCCUAUGGUGUUGAUACCUCCAGGGAGGAAGUGUGCAAACUGUGGAGAACCAGUACUUGAACCAGAUGAAGAAGGAAAUGUGUUAGGAUGUCAGUGUUACUCUGAAGACACAGAAAAUGAUGAAGCCUCGAGCCAUAAAGCUAAAGACAAGCGGAACAAAUCCCACUGGACAGCCGGUCACUUGGGGGACAUCGACUUUACUGGGACCAACAAGUCCAGGGGCAAGUUUGCCAGGGUUAGCAGUGACACAGAGCCAGAGUUGAUCUACCAGCUGAUGACUGAGCAGUGGGGUCUUGCUUCUCCACAUCUGGUGGUGGGUCUGGUGGGUGGUGAUGAACAGGCCCAGAUGAAACCCUGGCUCAGAGACACAGUGAGGAAAGGCUUAGUGAAAGCUGCACAGAGUACAGGAGCAUGGAUUCUGACCAGCGGCCUGCGGUUUGGCAUCACAAAGCAUCUGGGCCAGGCAGUAAGAGACCACUCACUGGCCAGUACUUCUUCAAAGGUGCGUGUGGUGGCCAUUGGAGUUGCUCCCUGGACCAAGAUCCACAACCGAGAAAUGCUGCUCUCCGCCAAGCCUGAUCAGCCAGCGCCCUACCCCUCAGAGGAUCUUCCCCAUGGUGCUGUGUACUCUCUGGACAGCAACCACUCUCAUUUCAUCCUAGUGGAAGAGGAUCCGAAGAAGCCUGGUGCUACCAGUAACAUGCGUGUCAAACUGCUAAAACACAUCUCAGAACAGCGUACUGGACAUGGAGGGCCUGGCAGCUUUGAAAUUCCUGUUUUAUGUCUGCUUGUGCACGGAGAACCAAAGUUAUUGCAGAGGAUGUACAAGACAAUCCUGAAUUCAACUCCUUGGCUGAUCCUGGCUGGCUCAGGUGGUGUAGCAGACAUUUUAGUUACACUGAUAAACCAGGCUUGUUGGGAUACUGCAAUCGUCCAAGAACUUCUGAUUGAUACAUUUCCCAAUGGCCAAAGUGCUGCAAUGGCUUCCUGGAUUAAACUGAUUCAGAAAAUUUUGGAUAAUAUCCACCUGCUGACAGUACAUGACCCCGAGCAGGAGACCUCCGAUCUAGACACUGUUAUCCUCAAAGCACUAGUUAAAGCUAAUAAAAGUCAGAGUCAGCAGGCACAGGACUUCCUAGAUGAGCUGAAACUGGCUGUGGCCUGGAACAGAGUAGACAUCGCAAAGAGCGAGAUUUUCAAUGGAGAUGUAGAAUGGACUGCAGAUGAUCUUGACGAGGUCAUGAUGGACGCUUUGGUCAAUGAUAAGCCAGAUUUUGUUCGCCUGUUUGUGGACAAUGGGGUGAACCUUGCUGAAUUUAUGACUUACAGCCGUCUCCAGGAUCUCUACUGCACUGUGCGUGAGAAGAGCCUCCUGUAUGAGCUUCUCCUGAAGAAACACAAUGAGAAACAGGUGCUGCUCUCUGCCCGAUCAGCUGGACAUGCUCACACAGAGGUAGGGGAUAGACGGCCUCGCUUCACUCUGCUUGAAGUCUCCAAGGUGCUGAAGGAUUUUCUGCAUGACUCCUGUAGGGGUUUUUACCAGAAACUUCCAGUGGAGAGGGUAGGCAAGGGUCGGCUUUUUCACAAUCAGAAAGAUCUCAUCGACCUGGACCAGCAUUGUGAGCAUCCUUUGAGGGAUCUCUUCCUUUGGGCUGUCCUGCAGAACAGACAAACAAUGGCCAACUACUUCUGGGCCUUGGGCCCUGAAGCAGUGGCUGCAGCUCUCGCUGGCUGCAAAAUCCUUAAGGAGAUGGCUCAUUUGGAGUCAGAGGCCGAGAAUGCACGGAGCAUGAAGGAAGCCAAAUAUGAGCAGUUUGCUUUAGAUUUGUUUAGUGAGUGCUACUCUAACAGUGAGGACCGAGCAUAUGCUCUGCUUGUGAGAAAGACCAGCUGCUGGAACCAAACCACAGUGCUGAACCUGGCCACAGAGGCAGAUGCAAAGUCUUUUUUUGCCCAUGAUGGAGUUCAGGCAUUGCUGACUAAAAUCUGGUGGGGAGCCAUGACAACAGAUACAGCCAUUUCUAAACUGGUCGUGUCUUUCUUCUUUCCACCUCUAAUAUGGACUAAUCUGAUUAAAUUCAGUGAUGUAGCAUUAGAGAAUCGAGUUGGAGGAGAGCAGUUUGCAGAGCUGGACAGUCAGGAAACAGAGAAAGCCCUGCUACUGACUGAUGAGGACCCAGCUGAUGUGGAGGCAGCCGGUGAUUCUGCUGAUCAGAGUUGUGGUGCAGCUUGGAGCCAGUUCCUUCUACGUCGUUGGAAGCGCUUCUGGAGCGCCCCUGUCACUGUGUUCCUGGGCAAUGUCAUUAUGUACUUCGCUUUCCUAGUGCUCUUCACCUAUGUGCUGCUUCUGGACUUCCGGCCUCCGCCUCCAAACGGCCCUUCUCCAGCUGAGAUCAUUCUUUAUUUCUGGGUCUUUACACUAGUACUGGAGGAGCUCAGACAGAGUUUCUUCUCGGAUGAAGACAUCAGUAUAUUGAAGAAGUUUAAGCUCUAUGUGGAGGAUAACUGGAACAAGUGUGACAUGGUAGCCAUCUCUCUGUUCGUGAUUGGGGUGUCAUGCAGGAUGGUGGAGGGAACAUAUGAAGCUGGACGCACUGUCCUGGCUUUGGACUUCAUGGUUUAUACUUUAAGACUCAUCCACAUAUUUGCUAUCCACAAGCAGCUUGGGCCCAAGAUCAUCAUUGUGGAAAGAAUGAUGAAGGAUGUAUUCUUCUUCCUGUUCUUCCUGAGUGUGUGGCUGAUUGCAUAUGGUGUAGCGACUCAGGCUCUGCUCCACCCAAAUGACCCCCGACUGGACUGGGUGUUCCGCAGAGUGCUCUACCGACCAUACCUGCACAUAUUUGGCCAGAUUCCCCUAGAGGAGAUUGAUGCUGCUAAAAUGCCCCAAGAUAACUGUACCAUGGAUCUGCAAAUGAUCAUAGCUGGCACUCUACCCCCCUGCCCAAACAUCUACGCUAACUGGCUGGUCAUCCUGCUGCUGGUUAUCUAUUUACUGGUCACUAACGUACUUCUGCUCAAUCUUCUUAUUGCAAUGUUCAGCUAUACGUUCCAGCUGGUGCAGGGGAAUACCGACAUCUUUUGGAAAUUUCAGCGGUAUAAUCUGAUUGUGGAGUAUCACAGCCGACCUGCUCUUGCUCCUCCUUUCAUAAUUAUCAGCCACAUCUCUGAACUAGUUCUGACCAUCUUCGGAAAGGCUGAGGAAAACAUUGAGAUUUUGGAGAGGGACCUACCACCAGGCCUGGAUCAGAAGCUGAUGAUAUGGGAGUCUGUGCAAAAAGAGAACUUCCUGGCUAAACUUGAGAAACGUCACUUGGAAAGCAGUGAGGAGAGACUAAAGAGCACAUCCUCUAAGGUGCAAAGCUUGCUGAUGAGUGCAGCACGGUUUAAAGAGCAAGAAAAACGUUUGGCAUUUAUGGAGGCAGAGGUGAAAUACUGUGGAGAAGUGCUAUCCUGGAUGGCAGAAUGCUUCAAAAGGAGUACGCUAAAGUGUGACAAAGACGCUCCCAAAAGCCCACGCACCAAGGCCAGCAGUGGAGGGGCAGCGAAAGAAUGAGAAGCUUGAUCAGGAGCAACUGAAGUUUUGUAAUAGAGAAGAAAUGCCACCCUUUCAAAAAGUCAAAAUGAAAGCUUGCACUUAUGAUUAUUUAUUUUUUUCUAUUUAUUUUUACAGUUAUAUUUUUAAAGAUUUUUAUGAAUCUAUAUCAUACAUUUAAAAACCUAAUGCUCAUAAUUGAUGUAGAAUCAUUUUUCGUUUGAACUUUUAUUAUUUUUAAGAUUAUAAUAAUACAUUUUUAAUUAGUAAAGAAUUUGUUUUAUUUGUUGAAAAGUCUUAUUCCCUACAUGCCUUUGCAUACUGAUGACAUCUUUUUUAUGAAGUACAGCAACUUUGUGGCUGAAAUGGUUCCAGCCCCUAACUUACAUUUCCUCUACCCAGCUUCCCUGUUUUAAGCAAUGAUGUAAAUGUUGUGUUUGAAUCGCAGGAAUUAUGUUUAUUAAAUUAUUUGUAUUUU